AUGUCAACUCACAACACCAUGACCUCCGCUGUCUCUGACAUGAGGUCACAACAACAGGCUAAUCUACAACAAUUACAAAACUUACAACAACAUACAAGAAGUUUGACAUCUACUAAUACCACUGACUACUAUUAUCUACAACAACAACAACAAUCAAAAAUAUCCCAACAAUCUCAACUACAAAACUCAAGUAAUACAACACUACAACAACAACAAGCUUCUGUUAAUACAAACCAACUACCGCAUAAAAACUCUCUAACUUCAACGCAUAUAACAACACGAAAUUCUUUUCAAAGACAACGUGUUUCACAACAACAACAGGACCCAAGGUCUCCCUUAGUAGUAAUGAUUCCAACUAGUGCUCAGCCUACAGAGGUCCUUGCAGCAAGAUUUUCCGCAUGGAGAAGUGUCAUCAAAUCUUUGCUUAUAUAUCUCAAUGAAAUUGCGUCUAUCCAGGAUGAAAUCGUAAGACAACAGGUCAGACUAGCUCAUGCUAUCCAAUUCCCAUUUUUUGCUAUCGAAAACCAAUCCCAACCUACUUCUAAUGAUGAUAAAGCUAUCAAUAAGUUUUUUUUACCCUUAGGAAACGGGUCUGUUCAAGAUAUACCAACCAUCCUAAACCAAUAUCAUGGAACAUUGGCAUCUGUCGCAUCUAAAGCAUCAAAAGAGUUGACUAAUGAAGUCAUACCUAGGCUGGAAGAAUUAAGAAGAGACCUGCUAGUCAAAAUUAAAGAGAUCAAGACUUUGCAGUCUGACUUCAAAAAUUCUUGUAGCAAAGAGUUACAACAGACCAAACAAGAUAUGAAACAAUACAUCGAUUCUUUGAAAGAAUCCAGGUACAAUGCACCAAAACAAGACCCUUUUUUGACAAAACUCAUUCUCGAUAAACAGAUCAAAAAACAAAUCAUGGAGGAAAAUUAUCUACAUGAAGCCUUCGAUAAUUUACAAAAUUCCGGUGCUGAAUUAGAGAAAGUGGUUGUCAUGGAAAUUCAAAACGCAAUGACUAUAUAUGCAAGGCUGUUAGGCCAAGAAUCUCAAUUGGUUUUCGAUAUCCUAAUAUCUAAAUUGGAUCUCGGUUUCUUCAAUAAGGACCCACAAUUUGAAUGGGACAAUUUCAUAUCAAGGGAUCCAAAUUUCAUUCCACCAAAUUUACCAAUAAGGAAAUUUAAAGAAAUUGUAUACAAGUAUCAAUACGAUCCAAUGACUUAUGAGAUUAAAUCAGGCUAUUUAGAGAGAAGAUCCAAGUUUUUGAAAUCUUAUUCAAAGGGGUUCUAUGUUCUAUCACCAAAUUUCUUACAUGAAUUUAAGAGUGGUGAUAGGAAGUCAGAUCUAGUUCCAGUGAUGUCUUUAUCAUUGAGUGAAUGUUCAGUAGCAGAGCAUUCAAAAAAGGAUUCCAGCGAACAUAAAUUUAUAUUACAUGCAAAGCAAAAUGGGAUCAUUCAUAGAGGUCAUAAUUGGGUCUUUAAAUGUGAUUCCUAUGAAUCUAUGAUAUCUUGGUAUCAUAAUCUUAAAAGAUUCACAUCUUUCAAUUCAAAUCAAGAAAAGGCAAAAUAUAUUAUUGAGAAAUAUAAUUUAAAUAAGGAUGGAAAACCAAAGACUGAUCUCAAUAACUCGACUAAUAAAUUGACUAAAACUGCAAGUAAUCAAACAUCCCUGUCUACGACAAUAGAUGCUAACACCGUGAGGACACAGAACGAAAGCGGCCUAAGGGAUAGUAACAUUUCUGUUAAUGAUGAAAACAUGUAUAGCUCUACUCCGAGAUUGGAUAACACCACAAGAACAAACACAAUCUCAUCUAUCUCUGAAAUGACUGACUCACAGGCUCAUGAUGUUAUACCCAGUUUCUACAUUGAGACAGUUAAUCCAGGCCAAAAACAGUGA